GCACGUCAAGACUUUGUCCUCAAUUCAACGUCCACAAAAUCAAUCAAAAGCCCAAAGCAGCAUUAGUGCCGUAGUAUUUGCUUGCUCCAAUUAUUAGUGACGAAAUCUUCAUCUCCCACCAAAAAGAAGCAAGCUUGACAAACUCAAUGGAUCACCACCAUCAUCAGAACAACUGCAAAGUCAGUAACACAGAGUUCGCGGAUGUUGAUUUCGAUGACCCCAUCUUCUCAACUCCCAUUCUUUCAUCUCUCAACUUACCCCAACGCACCACCACCGCCAGCGCCACAGUUGCGCUGCCCGACGCCGACUGCCCACAACCGCAACUGCACGUGCCGCUGCCGCCGAAGGUGCAGCAAAAACUGAACACCAUAUGCGAGGAAAAAGAGCAGCCGCAGCCUGACGCCGAGUUGAGAAGGAAGCUGGGUUUGCUGGGCGAGGAGAAGGCACUCGAACUCCUCGGUGAAAUUUACAACACGAAAACAAAGAUCAGAACCCUUAGUGGAUACAUCGGGUUCAUGCUCGGCCAAGAAAAAUACCAAUGUGCACCUCAUUCUCCUUCUCCUUCUCCUUCCCUUUCCCCUUCUAAGUCUGCCCCCGCUGCUUCUUGUCUUCUUCACAGCCCGUCUUCUGCUUCCUCCAUCACUCCUGGUCGUCAAGGGAAUACUAGUGAAGGACAGAGGGAACUGUAUUCCUGUUUGUCAACAACUCCAUCCAAAUCUGCUCGAACUUCUCUUUUCCAAGUCCCAUCAUCUGCUCCGCAUAAUACAUCUGCUCAUCAAGAGCACCUUGGGGACCGUGGAGGAGGGGAGAGGCCACUUUAUUCCUCCUAUCACUCGCAUUCUCCUUCAAAAGCUGCCAGUACUUCUCUUUUUCAAGCCCCCUCUUCUGCUGCUCCUUCCACGUCUCUCACUCCGGAUCGACCUUUUCAAGGUGAGGCUCUCACUAAUCGGUCCGCGGACCAACCCGGACACGAUGGGCGGGCACAAUUGGAAGCUCUAGGCGAGCUUGAAUUCAGGAAACAGUUUCUAAUAUUAAAUUACGCCGGAGGAGAGAAGUUAGAAAAUGUUAUAGCGCCAGAAACUAUUAGGAGUUGGAAAGGUAUGCCGAUGCAGCAGUUUGAGAACACAGUUUGGGACGUUUUAGGUAGCAAAUAUACUCGAAAGGAAGACCGACAAUGGACUUUGGAUUGGGAUUCUCGACAAGCAUACGUCUACCAUUGUGAAGUCGCUGUGGAUGGGAGCUACAAAUUCAAGGGCCCCUAUCAACACACCACAAAAAGAACUCUCUUACAGAAAAUUUUAGGAGAUGACAGCACUUUAAUGGUGAAAUUUGCUGAUGCGGUGAAUGACAAAGAUCCCUGGAAGAAAAUGGGCCUUUAUGUUAAUUAUAGCAAGGUCGCAAGAGAAGGGAUUCUUGUUGGUUUGCGCCGAUAUUGUUUCUUUGGUUUUCACUCAUUUUGUCGAAGACAGAGAGCUUAAAUAAGAAUUUGCUAGAGCCUACGUCGAAGGCACAUUUGUUGGGGUUCAACCUCAUUCGAUACCUCUUCAGAAUGGUGAAAGUUUCAGAUAGGUUGGUGAUGUGUUGGUCAGC